UCCUUCUGUCACCAUUUUUUUUCUGUUUUUGACUCAUGUUAUUGCUCUUGUCAGGCAUAAAGAAGACGGUGGAGAAAACGUGGACGGUGUGCUUUACCUUCUUUCUCUAAUGUUUAAUUUUGGCAAUUUGACAUCUAGUUUGCGUUGAUUAAUACAAACAACAGAGUGAAGAAAGAUACAGCGAUAAAAUGACGGAGCGGUCGUCGUUGUUACUUCGUAAACAAUUAGCAGAGCUCAACAAGAACCCAGUGGAAGGCUUUUCUGCAGGUCUUGUGGAUGAUGAUGACAUCUAUCAGUGGGAAGUGCUCGUCAUUGGACCUCAAGACACAUUAUUUGAAGGAGGUUGCUUCAAAGCCACUUUAACCUUCCCUCAUGACUAUCCUCUGAGGCCUCCCAAGAUGAAGUUUAUCACUGAGAUCUGGCAUCCAAAUGUGGCAAAAAAUGGCGACGUGUGCAUCUCCAUCCUGCAUGAACCUGGCGAGGACAAGUAUGGCUAUGAGAAGCCUGAAGAGCGCUGGCUGCCAAUCCAUACAGUGGAGACCAUCAUGCUCAGCGUCAUCUCCAUGUUGGCAGACCCCAACGGAGAGUCUCCUGCCAACGUAGAUGCAGCUGUAAGUGCCCAUUGUCUUUCAUAAUAACGUUCUCAAGCU